AUGGCACAUAUCAAAAGAAAUUCACAUUCGACGAUCCGGAAGAUAGCUAUUGGAAUGAAAGUGGUUCAAAUUCAUCGUCUCUAUUCGAUGAUCUUCCAUCGAAACAGGUUAUCAUUGCAGUGGGCCGCUCGUGCAGCAGUGGAUAACUUAUUCGAACAACGAGAGGUGUUUUCUGCGAAAGUCUCUCAGCAAGCAUCCACUCUACCUAAGCCAAUAAAUAAUGCCGCUGGGGACAACAACAUUCAGACGAAAGAAGCUGUUGUGGAGUUUAUCAAUAACAAGAAGGCAGAUUUCAAGCUCGAAGUAGAAUCAUCGCCAUUGCACGCUGGAGGUCCCUCAGCUGCUUCUGUCAUAUCAGAAUGUAGUGUUAGCAGUUUACCAAGUGAUGCGCAUCGUCUCGAUCUCGAUUAUUCCCGACUCAAAGCAGAACACCGUAAACUACAGCGUCAUCUGGAGGCAGUUCGUCACGAUCGUUAUCGCGCCCCUGACGUAAAAGAAGCUGUACGUCGACUGCUCAAGGGUGAUCCGGUGUCUUUAGAAUGGUAUCGAUCCAAAGAAGAAAAAAUUCAGUUGUUAGAUGCUGCUAUAGAUAUUAUCGACGGAAAUGUGAUACUAGCCGUACAGGCUUUGAAGAAAUGUGUACGGAGUGGCUUCAGUGAUCCCACGCUGGGUGCAGAAACGGCCGUUGUCACUGACUAUAUCAGCCUUUUAGAGCGGCAAAUGCCUAUCAAUGCUGCUGAUGAUCAAAGCAAAAAUACCAUUUUCUCCGCAUUCCCGAAAAAUGCAUCUCUUGUGGGAAAACCUGUCAUUGCCACGUAUUACUACUGUUGUCUUUAUCACUACGAUGACCCAAUGGUAAGUUUUCCUAUUUGCUUCAUUCUCCUCUCGUGUUCUGUAUAUAAUUUCUGCUGA